ACAACCAUCUAAUGGCGGAUGUUUUAUACGAAGUAUUAAUCAACUGGUCAGGUGCUGGGCACGUAUUUUUUUGUAAUAUCAUCUAAUAUAUUAUAUCCACGUGUGCGAAGUGUGACAGCACGGGAAAGGCUGAACUAUUUUCUUUACAAGAUUGCUGUAAACGGAUCGACGACGUGUGAAUUGAGUUUGUUACCAGUUAUUGUUGAAUUUCUGUGACUUUCAUAAAUAGUCGCACACUUCUGCAAGUGUUCCCGUGUGAAUUUCUUGAUUGUUUAGAUUAUUAUACAGCAUUUUUGACUUUGUGUAAAUUGUAUUACGUUGUAAAAGUUAAAAUUCAGAUAUUCUUCGCGCACGUUUUCUUGAGCCCUCGCUUCGCUAGAUGCGAGAGAAGUGGGGAGUUUGGUUAUUUUGACAAACUGAAUUUUACUUUGAAUUUGUAGUUCAUUUUUCCCUGCAAAAUAGCUUUUAAUGCAUGGGAGCGAACGUUCCUCGUCACCAGAUUAGGUUCACAACUCUCAUUGCUAUUAUGUGUUCUUAAUGCAACUAAUGUUAGGAAAGGAGUGGGGUAGAUAUUCCGGGGCUCAAGAAAACGUGCGGAUAUAAUAGCAGUAAAAGAAUUCCGUUCUCACCAAGUUUUAAGAAAAGAAGUUGGAAUGAGCUCUGAUUCUUCAGAAGACGAAACAUUGGAUCGUCUACGUGAGGCUGUUGACAAUGAAUUUCUUAAUAAUGAUAUGUUUGAGCCCAAGAAACGCAAAGAUGACAAACCACAUAUAUCAAAACCAUCCCUGCGUUACCAAGACAAAGAAGAAAAUCUUAUGGGUGUUACUGAGGGAUUUCAAAAAUAUGUUGGAGGGCAGUUAAUGAAGUUUCUAGACAGCCAAAUCAAAGAAGUGGAUAUUUCAUCAAAGACAUGUCAAAUUAAAAAAGAUACUGAAGGAGGUAUCCGUCUCUUUGGUGCUUCUCUAAAUACAGUGUCUUGUGAUGAUGAUGUGGAAGAUGAAGGUGCAAGUCGCCCACAGAAAAGGACCAAAUGGAAAUGCAAAGUAAAUGGAGAAAACAUCUCCGAGAAGAAACAAUGCAAAGAAGUUGCUGUACCUGCUGAAUGGAUUUUAUCAAAGGAGGCUGUGGCCGGGUGGGAACCUUCCACAAAGGGCAAAUUGGAAAUUUAUUCAGCAGAUGAUGUCAUCAUCAAAUGUAAGAAAAUGAAAAACAAAACUGAUAAUCUCCAAGUAUUAACUCCAGAAGAUAAAGCAGAAAAGAAAAAAUUGAAGAGAAAAAAAUGUCGAGAAAGGCUAAAAAAUAAGUCAAUAUGUGAAAAUGAAUCUCUAAAUAUUUGAAAUGAAUAUAUUGUGAUAUGUGAAGAAGAAAAAAUUGUAAAUAACCACAAGUACUGUGUGAUUCCCAUUUACAAGAUGAAGAAGCGAUUAGGAAACUUUACAAAAACCAUAAAACACUCACAUUACAGUUCAUCACACAAAUGUUUGUUAAUAAUCAAAUGUGUAGAUUAUUCAAUUGAAUUGGAGAUUAAGUUUUUUAAAUGACUGUGACUCUUAUUUUUGACCUAGUGUUCCUUACAAAGAUAAGCUUCAAUGAAAAGAUUGUGUAAAAGCCCACUUCAAAAACUGGAUUCUCUCUCUCUCUCUCAGUACCUUUGUUUGAUUCUGAAAAAAUGUAUUUGCAUUCAUGUUCCAAAAAUUCGUUUUAAUAUCAUUAAUAGAAAAGCAUAUCCUUUAUUUUUAUGACAAUUAUUUAUUGAAGAAAAAUAAUUUCUAUAUUUGUUACAUCAUCGGGUGUACUUUCAAGUAAAAAGGCUGAAUUGUUUGACAGAAAAAUGUUUUAAGUAAAUUAUGUUUCAAACAAAUACAGGAAGUUCAUAUUUUACAGAAUGAAAGUUAUUUGAAAUAGAAAAUGUUAUUUGGUUAACUGAUUUGUACUCACCAUGUCAUCUCCCAGUUUCCAAGAAAGUAAAUGAGAUCUGCUAUGACGCGUACAGAGGGUCCUGAAAGUGGGAAACAAAUUCUGACAAAAUGCUGAUGUCGAAAGGGGUUCUAACCUGUAACCCUAAGUAGGCGGUUAGUGCACUACAUAAAUCCUCUAAGGGUAAUAAAAUAUACCUAACAAAUAAAAAAAGUAGAUCUGACUUAAAGAAAGUAAGUCAG